GAUUCUUCCACAUCAAGCAUGAUUCGCAGUUGAACACGACGACAACCCAUCCUUCCCCGGUGGCAGGAUGAGGCUUCUUCUAAUCCGACACGGUGAGACUGUUCACAAUGUGGCAUCAGUCUAUGCUGGCGUCACCGAUUCUGCGCUCACGAACCACGGCGUUCUGCAGGCCAAUCGACUGGCUACGUAUCUUGCUAACACCGAUGUGAAGAUCUCCCAUAUCUUUUCGUCGGAUCUGCAACGCGCUUUCAAGACCGCAGAAGCCAUUCGCGUCGCUCAAUCCCCAGCCCCAACCGAAACAACCAAGUUGGAAGUCCUCAGAGAGCAAGACUUCGGUUUCUACGAAGGGAAAUCGUUCAUUGAGCGACCGAAAGAGGGAAACAGCUCGGGCAAGGCAGCACACCAGGAAGCGCAUCGUCAUGAUCCUGGCUUCAAGGAUGUGGAGAGUAAGGACUCGAUGAAGGCUCGGUCGGACACCUUCAUCGAUAUACACUUGAUCUCGUUACUGCACACAGUCUCUGAUGAUAAGACUGUCGCCAUUGUGGCUCAUGGCAUCAUCUUGUCACAUUUGUGGCGGGCUAUUUUGAGGCGCUUCCAUCCUUUCAAGGUGUCCGUUGCUCAGGGUAUCCAACCUGCUGGCAAUGGUUUCGGCCUGGAACACCUUGGUGGAUGGUCGAAUACUGGAUACUUGGACCUGGAAGUCAAGCCAGAGGCAAAGGGCGUAUCUGCGACUGUCGAAAAGACAGGGCCAGGUACAGAACCCAAGUCCUCGGAGGAUACGUCCGAGCUCCCACAGAAUCCAUCUACCCCGCCGCCUGCUAUACCUGAAAGCCCCAAUCCUGCAUCCCAUAUCCUCCGCAUGUCACUGUUGGUAAAAGCAGUGAACAGCAAGGAACACCUGGUUGGUUUGAAGAAGACUAGAGGCGGAAUCGGAAGCCUAGAACAUGAUUCGAAUCAGAAGACUGUUGACUCGUUCUUCAAGAAGAAAAGAACAGAGUGAAGGCCGCCCUGACCUUCAUCUCACCAACUAUCCAUCAGGGCACAUGCAAUGGACUCAAAAAGUACCAACUGCUGUCUGAUUACUGUUCAAUUUCUAUCAUAUUUGCAUGCAUCACUUUGAACUGAUCGCUAACAUUCUUCAAGAUUUAGAUGCCCUCGCGGCGUUAACCAGCCGAAAACUCCAACGAUGGUUGAAGUGUGUCUUGAAUACAUUCGUAAGCUUUAGCUAGAUAUUCCUUAGACAAUAUAAUAAUGCACUUUAUGCGAUCAUAUCAAGCAUAUUUUCUGUUCUUGUGUUUGUGGACUCUCUCAACCACUCAGAAUUAUCGUCUUAGGAACCCACCAUCAAUCCCCAAAUAUAAAAAAGAAAGUCAUUGACUAUUGACUCUUGUCUUCG